AUGGCUAGCUUAGCUCUGGUUAUCAAGUCCCUAGGUGAAAUAAGCUUGGAGAAACUGAAAGAGCUUAUAAAGAGACACCUGUCGCUCCUGAAGUCCAGCUCUUCCUAUGUGGAUGUCAUUGUCACGAACAGAAUAACGGACUCAGAACGUCUAGACCAUGUGUUGGGGAACCUGUACAGUAGUAUACGAGAAGUGCUGAUGACAGAAAAUCUCUACGAAACCCCCAUUAAUGUUUUAUUCAAUCAAAAAGACACUUGGCUCAGAAAUCAUGUAUGGGAUAUGCUGCUAGUAAGUACUGAUGUGUCAAUUGCUGACGCAUACAAGUAUAAAAAACUCCAAAACGUGGAUUUAACUGGAAGAACUACUAUCAUAAGUGGGGAAACAUUGUCAACCAAAGAAAAUGAGGAUGCAGAUUUGUACUCUGUAAGCGCAUUGGGGGGCACUUUCGAUCAUCUGCACGAUGGCCACAAAAUUCUUUUGAGUAUAGCUGCAUUUUUAACGUCACAAAGACUUAUUGUAGGCGUAGCGGAUCAGGAACUUCUGAAUAAUAAAAAGUUCGCGAAGUAUCUAGAGUCGUUUGAAGUUCGGGCCCGUAAUGUCGAGGAGUUUGUUGCAAGAGUGAAGCCAUCGUUGCGCUUAGAAAUUGUUGCACUGCGCGACGUAUGCGGGCCAACUGGAGCAGUACCAGAAAUACAAAGUCUCAUCGUGAGCCGCGAAACAGAAGCAGGCGGCAAAACAGUAAAUGCGGUGCGCAAAGAAAAAGGGUUAUCUGCUUUGGUGAUUCAUGUGGUCAACGUACUAGGAGGUCGCGAAGAAGAUAACUGGAAGGAGAAACUAAGCAGUACAGAGCUGCGCAAGCGAAAAACAAUCGAAUCCUAG